AUGGGCGAUCUGUGUCUUAACAACUAUUGCACCGUCACACAACGAGAUUUCCAGCCAUACACAAGCGUGAACAUGUGGGACUUCCACCCACAGGAUUUCUACCGUGUCCCCUCCUCGUUCACAAAGAACACGGUCUAUCAGCCACCCGAAGCUUUUUACCCAACGAAAUCAGUGACAACGGAAAGUUUAGAAAACGGUCUCGUUGCAACCGACCAAGUAGCCUCGGAUCUGAGACGUAAGCCCCCAACCGGUGUUACUCGUAAUUAUCCUCCUUUUGAAACCAUUUCCGGCCGGCCGUUUACGUCAUUCGUCGGUGAUAAACCAGAUUGGAUAACAGACAGACCGACAGGUCUAACAAUAACUCAGACGGAUUACAUUCCUUUCAAAUUUGUUCCCAAAUUAGGACAGAAGGAAUUUCCUAAGAUAAUAAAGAAGCCGGGUCCCGAUGCGUGCCGUACUGCUGAUAUGGUAUCUGAGGGAGCUGAAUUCCCCAAAGAAAUCCCGAAGACGAACAACGUACUAACAGACUUAGAAAGGGCAGAGGUUUUAAAGAAAGACCCCCUGGAUGUCUGGGAUAUAACUGAGCCCCGUGCCAGCAGCAUUUACACUUGCAGCUACAAGAAGCCGACGAUCGGUGAAACUCGGAAGGAACAUCAGAUUAAAGUGGGGCCCAAGAAUGAGUUACUGGGUUUUCUAAAAAGUAGUGAUUUAUAUUUGUGGAAACCGGAUGAUCCGGGUCGAUAUUUGACUCACUAUUCAACCAAUUUUUGGGAUCGCUAUCAUCGAUGGUCUGAUCCCCCUUUUCCUUACAUGAGAAAUGAAUAUUGUCGAGUCGACGCACAUUUUGAUAAAUAA